AAGAGCAUAUCUGGCAGUACGCGGAAGCGCUGCUCAGACCGUGACGCUCUCCAUUCAGGCUUGUGUAUAAAUGUCUAUCGCGCUCAUUUAGACAAUCAGCAGUUACAGUAGUUAUUAACAUCUCGAGGUAAACGCAGCAGCCAUGGCGGGCCGGCUCCCCGCUUGUGUAGUGGACUGUGGCACGGGGUACACGAAGCUUGGUUAUGCUGGUAAUACGGAGCCACAGUUCAUCAUCCCUUCAUGUAUUGCAAUCAAAGAGUCGGCCAAAGUGGGGGACCAGGCUCAGCGGAGGAUGGCGAAGGGAGUGGACGAUCUGGACUUCUACAUUGGAGACGAAGCCAUCGACAAACCCUCCUAUGCCACCAAGUGGCCCAUUCGUCACGGUAUAGUGGAGGACUGGGACCUGAUGGAGCGCUUCAUGGAGCAGAUCAUCUUCAAGUAUCUGCGGGCAGAACCUGAAGACCACUACUUCCUCUUGACUGAGCCUCCCCUCAACACCCCGGAGAACAGGGAGUACACGGCUGAGAUCAUGUUCGAGUCCUUCAACGUCCCAGGCCUCUACAUCGCUGUGCAGGCGGUGCUGGCUCUGGCCGCCUCGUGGACGUCUCGACAGGUGGGAGAGAGGACCCUGACCGGGACAGUGAUCGACAGCGGGGACGGGGUCACUCAUGUCAUCCCUGUGGCUGAGGGAUACGUGAUUGGCAGCUGUAUUAAGCACAUCCCCAUCGCCGGCCGGGACAUCACCUACUUCAUCCAGCAGCUGCUCCGUGAGAGGGAGGUGGGCAUCCCCCCAGAGCAGAGCCUGGAGACCGCCAAGGCCGUCAAGGAGCGCUUCAGCUACGUGUGCCCAGACCUGGUCAAAGAGUUCAACAAGUACGACACCGACGGCUCCAAGUGGAUCAAACAGCACACCGGCAUCAACGCCAUCAGCAAGAAAGAGUUUACCAUCGAUGUGGGCUACGAGCGCUUCCUGGGGCCUGAGAUCUUCUUCCACCCAGAGUUUGCCAACCCGGACUUCACCCAGCCCAUCUCGGAGGUGGUGGACGAGGUCAUCCAGAACUGCCCCAUAGACGUGCGGCGCCCCCUGUAUAAGAACGUCGUGCUGUCCGGGGGGUCCACCAUGUUCAGAGACUUUGGGAGACGCCUGCAGAGGGACCUGAAGAGGACCGUGGACGCGAGGCUCAAAAUCAGUGAGGAGCUCAGCGGAGGAAAGCUCAAGCCUAAACCCAUUGAUGUCCAAGUUAUCACCCAUCACAUGCAGAGGUACGCCGUGUGGUUCGGAGGCUCCAUGCUGGCUUCAACUCCCGAGUUCUACCAAGUGUGUCACACCAAGAAGGACUACGAGGAGAUUGGGCCCAGCAUCUGUCGACACAACCCCGUCUUUGGAGUCAUGUCCUAGGCCGACCGAUCACGACAAAAAGAGAGCGCGGGGGCCGACCAGGAGGCGCUACGGCAAAAACAAACAAACAAACAAACAAAACUACCCACAAGCCUUUGCAACGACGUGCCGCACUUCGGAAAGAAACCGUGGACCAAACAGGAGCGCGACAGAAUUGAGAGGUGAAGAGAAAGUUAAGGGCAAACUGGAAAUAAAUAAUAAUAAAAAAUAAUAUUGGUUUUGCGUACCUCCUAUUGAUACUUUGCAGUGCCAUUAUGCUGGGGGAUUUAGCAUGUAUGUCUAUGGUGAUAUGUGCAGCAGUUACGAUAGUGACACAUGCAGGCAAUUUGAAAACUCAAGAAAAAAUACAAGACUUAUUUAAACACACAUUUCCAGGAGCUUGUGAUCAAUCCGAGAGUCUCAUCAGUCAUCACUAAAACAGUGUUGAAUUACGGACCUUCAGACAGAGCAGUUCCUCUAGUUAGCUUCUCCUCCCCAGGGAAUGUUGAUUAUAUCAGCUGCAAAGUAUCAAUACAUUCUUAUUCCUUAUGUAUAAAUGCAAUUGUGUGUAUAUGGGAUGGGUACUUUUUGCUAUGUGUAAAAAAUACAUUCUAAAAAGAAAAGGGCAUGUUAUGCUUAAGAGAAUUCGGGGUCUUUCAGGAAUAAUAAUUGAAAAAAUGUAAACAAAAAGAGAGACUUAUCUUUUUUGUAUUUUUAAACUUGUGGAAUUAAUGGUUUGGGUAAAAAAUAAAUGGUUAAAAUGUG